UGCAUAUUAUUUAAAACUAAGGGGGAAAAAAGGAGAAGAAUUUAGCCUCUGAAAUGAUAGCUGAAGAGUCACUUAGACUGAUUAUCCGUAAUUUAUGUACGAUUUGACAUUCCACAGCCCUGUGAAGGUAAACUGUGAUCAUAUGACAAGAAAUAACAAGUCAAUGAGUCAAAAACAUGAUUCCUUUAAUAAGGGCAGAAACUCUUAGUGGACAAGUAAAUACCAAACUGAUUAGAGAAUCUUGGUGGAAAAGAGUGACAUAAACCACAAUGAGGGGAAGCCUUCUGGUUGGACCAACGCUCAAUGAGCAAAGUAUAUAAGAGCCCAAAAGUCAGAGGAGACAUCUGCAUUCUCGAAAUCUCGUCUUUCUCUCCAAGAAACCAAAGCAAACCAGAUUCCCGAUACUAUGGCUUGCUCCGCGAUCCGUUACUGCUGCAGAGUCCCCACUGGCCCCGCCACCACCAUCUGCUCCUCUGACAAAUUCUGCCGGUGUGGAGUCUGCCUGCCCAGCACCUGCCCCCACACUGUUUGGCUACUGGAGCCAAUCUGCUGUGACAACUGCCCCCCACCCUGCCACAUCCCUCAGCCCUGUGUGCCCACCUGCUUCCUGCUCAACUCCUCCCAGCCCACCCCUGGCCUGGAGACCCUCAAUCUCACAACCCACGUUCAGCCUGGCUGCAGCGAGCCCUGCAUCCCAAGAUGCUGCUGAGUGAUGGCUGACGCCCUCAGCGCCUGGCAGUAAAGAACGCAGGCUGGGCUGUGUCCUCAGCAUUCACUUGCCUCCAGAUUUUAUCAGAUAUUGAGGCAGACCAGUUGGCCUAGAUGUGGAAAACCUGCCUCUCAUCAUAAUGGAAAGAAAAUCAAGACUUUUUAAAUGGUUAUUUCGCUAAGUAACCAUUGGAUUCAUUUGGGCAGAGAACGUCAUCUCUAAUCAAAACAGUACUGAAAUCUACAAGACCUCAGACUCCACUUUCCUGAUCAUGUGGCUUCUUGGAUCCCAUUUCUUGGACGGGUGUUUUCCUAGAGGGAAAUUAAUUUCUUGAUGGGUUUUCCAAUAAACUUUACUUGUGUGGUGA